GUGAGUGCGAAUAACGCGCAGAACGCUGUUCUCCAUGGACUCAACCUUGUUGUGACUGAUUGUUAUUUGAAACCCGUUGAGCCCUCUUAUCAAGCCCAGCAUUCUCAAUCUCAUUAUUACUUCUGAAGGUUCUCCGUCCAUUGGGCCGCCUCAACCCCCAUCCUAGCCCGUGAGUCCACUACCCGCUUAACAUGGCUAUCCCGACUCACCCCGGGGCUGAGUGCCUGACCCGCCUCCGGUGAUGCGGCUCCAAUUCCCCCCUGAUUGUCCCUCCUCGGACUUGUGGGCGUGCGGGCCUCGCCCUUGAGGCUCUGUCUCUCUUGGUCCAUGGACAUCCAUUUUCAGGCUCUGUGCUCGGCCGUAGAGCACGAGAAACUCGAGAAAUGUCGGGCCAUCCUGGACGCCACUCCUCCCGAGGAUCUUUCGGCCUUGAACGCCGAUGGCUUCUCGCCCUUGGACUUGGCCUUCGCCACGGGCAACGCCGAUCUGGUCCACCUCCUCCUGACGGCUGGUGCCCGCGAAGGUGGUCGGUUUGCCACGCCCGAGGGCGCUUUAGCCCAAUACACCACCCUAUUAACGGAGGCCAAGAAGCAGGUCGAGAAAUUCGGCCAACUGAUGCGGGCUACGCAGAACGGGCAAGCUCACGGCGCGCCCGGAGCGGCGGGCGUACUCAGUCACGCUCAGUUAAAGGAAUGCGAAAAACAGCAGAGCUUGUGGCAGAAGCGCGUGUCCACCUUGCGUCGAUUGCGGCAGGGGUUUGAGGCCCAAGGGCGGCCCCACGCCCCGCCCACGGUGGAAGCCGAAGUCGUAGGCUCCAAUUGCGUGUCGGUCCGCCUCCAUGAGCCGGAUAUGGGUGGGGGUCAAGCCUCUUUCACCAAGUACAAGAUUCAAUGGAGUCGUCAAGAUUCCUUCGCCCGGGUGGAAGGCGAAGUCGUCGAUCAAAACGUCAAGACCUUGACCACGGUGGUGGAUUGUCUGGUCGAGGGGCAGCGUUAUUUCAUCCGGGCCUCUUUUGGCAACCCGCAAGGCUUUGGUCCGUUUAGCGCCGCUACCCCGAAAUCUGUGGUCCCGUCAUCUUGGCGCGGCGUGGAAGAUCGGGUUCCCCGGAUUGGACAGCAGUUUGAUAUCUGCCAAGACAUUCUGAACCAUUUCGUCGGGCAAGACGACGAGGCGUAUGAGCCGCAAAAGUUCUCCAAGCGUAAAGGGUUACGGCAACUGUUCACCACGAGCUCCGCUCCGAAGUUACAAAAGUAUUUAAUCUCGGGGCGAGCUUAUCUGUGUUGUAUUCUCUUCCAUGAGGACAAGAUUCUUAUGACCAAUGAAGAGGUGUUACCCCUCAUGGAGAUUUGUGAUCAAUAUACGGGAAACCUGAUGAGCGAGUACCAAUGGUUUGCCAAGCUCGGCCACGCCCUAGGCGAUGUGGAACGGGUUCGCCAAGAGACGUCUAAACUCAAUCAUACGUCGGCUACGAGUUUCCGAUUGAAGCUUCUGCAAGCCGUUCAAAAUAUGCAACAUACUCUGGGCCUGUGCGAGUUGGGCAUACCAUAUCACACACCCAUCCACCAGUCCGAUGGGAGUGUCGUAUUCUCCAUGGUGAGUCACAUCCGACAGCCCAAAUCAUUGGUGAGUCUCAGUCUCAAGUGGGUGCCCCUAACCAAAGCUCAAAAAGUGGGGCCCGAUUCGGAGUACAACUCCAUGGAUCUGAUUCGUACCACUAUCCGUGAACAGAUCCUGUUUCACCAAGUUAGUGCAAUAUGCCUCUCAAAGGGCCUCUACCUGUGCUACAUUCAAGCUGUGUCGGGCUUAGAUAGCAUGCGGGUCAUGGUCACCAACACGAGUCCCUCGAUCUUGCCCUAUGUAAAAGUACGUGCCAACCCACACGUCACUUGCGACGAAUGGGCAUGGGUGAAUAAACUAGGGCGGAUCUUCAGCCAAACGUCCGCCAUGCAAGCGCCUAGUCCCACCACCAACUUUUUGGCCGGAGAAGGAGAAGAGGGCUCGGAUGUGCAAUAUCAUCUGCUGAAACAUCUCAAGCCCACGGAAUCCCAAUUCGCCUUCGGUAGUCAGCUUGAGGCUUCAAUGAAACGGUUGUUUGACACCUUGGACAUCCCGGUAGAGCUGCGUGGUGCUCAUCGGCUUUACGACGCCGAGAUCUUUGAGCUCUCGGCUGAUAUCUCUGUGAUCUUGGUGGUUCCCUCCCCGGAGCAUGUGUGUAGCGUGGCCGAUGUCAGACCACCGCUUAAUCUCGAGAAAAGUGAUCUACUCUCCAUACCGGUUCAAUUGUUCGAAGUGUUUCACCUACGUGCCUACUUCCGUGAUCUCUUAACAGCGUUUUCUCGCGCCACUCUCUACUUGGAAUUUGAAUUGCUCAGUGCGAAACAGAGCCUGAGAGAGGCAUUCUCCACCAAAGAGUUAGAGGAGACCCAAAGUUACUUGCACAAACUGCAGAACUUUCACUCGCGACUCGAGGACUCUUGGAAAGACGUCCGGUGGAUCUUGGACGUCCUCUCGGAAGCGCGACGAAAGGGCUCGGAGUGUGGGGUCAAAUUUGAAAACAUUUCGGACUGGUACUCAAACCAGUCUUACGUGCCCGAUGACAGUCGUUUCUGCCUCUCGGUUUCGAGGCAGAACUCGACCAUCUCGCAGUCUUCCGCCUUCCAGAGGAGCUCCUCGUCUGUGUCGGACCAAGCCUAUGCUAGUGGGUCCAAUACCCGCUCUCCAAAUCGGCCUACUUCAACCAAAUUGACUCGCACGCCAACCACACGGUCGGACCCGCUCGAAUUUCACCUCUCCCACCAGAACAAUAAGGAAAACGAAGUACACAACUUUCCCCAACCUGUUCCACCCUUAGCGGGUCAUCACAAUGUGGGCUUGACCCCGAAUGCCAUGGGACCGCCGUCGUCUCUGUCGAGCCUCACUCAGUCUCAUCAUAGUACAAACUCGUCAAUCUCCUCGACCUCAGAUCAAACCCCAUCCCGGCAAAUUCCGAGCACCCAGCCUCGCUCUUCGUCUCAUGCUCCCGCACCGCAAUAUGAGAAUCUUUCGACUUCGGUCAGUUCGGGUACAUUUGAUCCUCGAAUCACCCAAGGUGGUCGAUUCGCCAAUUUCGAUCGUCCAGACUCCCCCGAGCCCAAUGUUCUGCAGGUUUACGCUGCCUACGACACGGGUUUAGCGAGUGGAACAUCCGUUAAAUUGAACGUAACCCAUUCGACUACGGCCCGAGAAGUGAUCGACUUGGUCAUCAAACAGUUGAAUAUGGCGGUCAUUCUGAAGGGCAAGGAAGGGCCUAUCUAUGAGAACGAGCGGCUCAAGAACUUUUGUCUCGUGGCCGUGAUCGGCAAUCGAGAGCGGUGCCUUCGAGACGAUUUCAAGCCCUUAAAUUUGCAGAAUCCGUGGAAGAAAGGACGUCUCUUUGUUCGGAUGAAAAACGAUCUCUUGGCUGCGAUCGAGCAUAUUUCUCGACACUCCACAAUGUUGUGACCUGAGUUAUGUAGUAUUUAGUGUUUUUUGCUCAUUCCCUGAAAUUUGGAUGCAUAGAUAAGUUAUUUGCUCUAUCUAAGAUGUUCUUUUUUACCACCCUGACUCGUUCAUUCAUACGCCUUACUAUGCCACUUGCUUGGGAUAUGACAUGAUAUGAAGUAGCUUAAUCAGUAUUCAGGUGAAUCGUCACCAAUUGCCAACGAAUCUCUGCUCUCUUUGUCUCAAAUGCUCUACAGAAAUACAGAUAUUUAUUUAGUCG